AUGCACGUACGGGUCAGGUUGUUACCUGCUCACGGUGGUCCUGCUUGUACUAAACGCAGUAAGACAUUCGAGUAUACGCAUUGGGAUCGUACGAGCUAUAACACAUGGCCUGCAAAGGAAACACGCAUCAAAGACCGGCCGACUUCAGUGUCGGAAGCUACAUCGUCACCAUCUACUGUGGCAACGCCGAUGAAGAAAAGUAGGAGUCUACGCGAUAAUUCUGAGAAACGACUACAAAAACUGGUCGAUGAACGUUGUCAAGAUGCGAUUUGUACGACUGAUAUCCAGUUAUCAUUGUCGGAAUCGCUGCUAUGGAGAUGGGACUUGAACAGCAAUCGAAUGUGCAGGGAAAAUGGAAUUAACCGAUGUAGCACACGUCGCACAGCACCAACCGUCCUGAAUGAGGUUCUGUUCUGGAUUCAGAAGAAGAAGAAUAGAAAAUCUGUAUGCCACAAUGAAGAGCUUUACGCGGAAUUCGAUAUGGUGUACCGGUGGGUAACACGUGGAAGACUGAUUGAUUCUUCGCAAGCUCUUGCUGAAGAUCGAGAGGCUAUGCUCAAGAACGACAUACCACAUGGAUGA